GUUAAGAAUAAAGUUGUACGGGAAGUCAUAGAUUUUGUCAAAUCUCAACGGUCAGUUUUUGAUCAGAUUCUAAGAGAAGACAUCUCCUCAGCUGAAGAGGGUACCUUGGAACGGAUUAAUCUUGUUGUCUCAAUACUUAGCAGGAUUUGGCCUUAUGAAGAGAAUGAUGAGUAUGGUUUUCUCCAAGGGCUUUUUAGCAUGAUGAUUUUUGUUUUUAACCUUGAUAUUGGCUCUGCUAGUUUUGGUCGAGUAUCAGAUUCGGUUGAGUACAAAAGGAACUCAGAGCUGAUUGUGUUCAGGCUAUGCUUUAGCCUUAUCUCUUAUCUUUAUCUUCUGAUAACUAAGAAGCUCAUCAGGUUGCAGGUUUGUUAUGGCUUUGUUUCGUUCAAAAUUAACAAAAAUUUAUGCUUAUUGAAACAAAAAACAAUUUUGAAAGGUCAUCAGCAUCCUCAUCUGUUUGUGAGCCUGUCAUGGAAAUCCGAAUAUUAACUGCUCAAAUCUUGCUUUUAUUAACCGCAUGAUUCAAGAUAUCAUUCAUGUUGCCUUUAUUUCGUUUUCUUGAGGACUGGUAUUAUUGUGCUUACUUGAGGACCAGGCUAUCCGAGUAUAUCAUUCCCUAAUGGAGAUCACUCCCGACUAUGAUGACUCUCCAGCAGCUCUGAAAGUGUCAGCUAGAUUCUGUUGUUCCCGCUUGGAUGUAGAAUUCUAGCAGUGCUCACUUGGCCCUGAUAAUUCUGCAUCAUUCAAGCUGCUCUUUAUAGCUCAUAAAUC